AUGACUUUUACCGAGAUCAAGAAACAAGAUGAAGGCAUUGUUAUGCGGGUAAGAGCCAUACCUUCUAUGGGACAACACAACGGACUCCGAACUAGCCACUACAACAACGCAGGCGACAACCAACAUGCUACUCUGCAAAUGACAGGGCUACAGUGGGUAGUGUUAAACGCCUAUGGCAAUUAUCCAACAACUCCGGUGGGAUCUUGGUUAAUUCAUGCCACGACAUAG